CAUGUGAGUGUGGGAUUUACAGGGCUGUUUGUUCGGAGGGCUGUCACUUUUUCUGGUCAGUUUGACCAGAUGUGUCCCCCAGAAGCCCAUGAACAUCUCCUCCUCUCAGAGAAGAGGUCCGAACCCGCUGGCCAAGUCCAGGCAGACUUUGGAAAGGUGCUUGGUGCUCAGUGUGGUGCCUGUUCCACUGCUGACUGUGUAUUUGAUAUAUUUCCAGCUGAUGGCCAUUCUGAACUUACAACCCCUGCUAAAGUGGUGAGGGCUGCCAACCCCAGACAGCGGAAGGGGAGCAAGGUUGGUGACUUCGGUGAUGCCACAAAUUGGCCAACACCUGGAGAAAUAGCCCACAAGAGUGUCCAGCCGCAUAAAGCACCGCCCAUCCGUAAACUGCCUGUGAAGAAAGACAUGAAAGAGCAGGAGAAAGGGGAUGGGAGUGAUGGCAAGGAGAGUCUGAAAACUAAAUCGGAUGAGUCUGGAGAGGAGAAGAACGGUGAYGAUGACAACCAGAAGUCAGCCCAAAAGAAGAAAGGCAACAAACACAAGUGGGUUCCUCUGCAGAUAGACAUGAAGUCAGAGGUGCCCCGGGACAAAACAGCCUCUCGGAACAACCGGCAAAAUGAGCAGCACAGACACCCUUCCAACAACCGCAGCGAGCUGAAAGGCUGGCACCCGGAUAAUAAGCACGAACGCAGCUGGCAAGACCACGACGAAACCUCCAGCGUGAAGAGCGAGGGAGGAGCCGUGCGAGGGGCCUUCCGGGGCCGAGGCCGGGGCCGCGGCAGGGGCCGGGGCCGCGGCAGAGGAGCGCACUUCGACUACCAGUACGGGUACCGGAAGUACGAGGGCUCGGACGGCUCCCGCACCCAGAAGUACGCCAGCAACAUCACUUACUACUUCGACAACAUCAGCAGCACCGAGCUGUACAGCGUGGACCAGGAGCUGCUCAAGGACUACAUCAAGCGGCAAAUAGAGUAUUACUUCAGCGUGGACAACCUGGAGCGAGACUUCUUCCUGCGUCGCAAGAUGGACUCGGAUGGCUUCCUUCCCAUCACCUUGAUUGCCAGCUUCCACCGGGUGCAGGCACUGACUACCGACAUCAGCCUCAUCAUCAAGGCCCUGAAGGACAGCAAAGUAGUGGAAAUUGUGGACCAGAAGAUCAGGAGAAAAGAGCAGCCAGAAAAAUGGGCUCUGCCUGGCCCUCCUAUGGCAGACUACACMCAGACAGACUUCUCCCAGUUCAUCAACUGCCCUGAGUUUGUGCCCAGACAGAGCUUCCAGAAGGAGACAGAAUCUGCUCCUGGCUCCCCACGACCUGCCAGCCCRGUCCCCACCAAGACUGAGGAGGUCAGUAACCUGAAGACGAUGCCCAAGGGGUUGUCCGCCAGCUUGCCCGACUUGGAUUCAGAGACAUGGAUUGAAGUGAAGAAGAGGCCUCGGCCCUCUCCAGCCAAGCCCAAGAAACCAGAGGAGGCCAAGACACCACAGCAGCAGAAGCAAAAGGACCAAGAUGAACCUGAGGAGCUGGACUUCCUCUUUGAUGAGGAGAUGGAGCAGAUGGAUGGCCGCAAGAACACGUUCACCGACUGGUCGGAUGAGGAUUCGGAUUAUGAGAUAGAUGAUCGGGAUGUGAACAAGAUCCUCAUUGUGACCCAGACACCUCCUUACCUGCGCCGGCACCCUGGCGGGGACCGGACUGGCAACCACACAUCCAGGGCUAAAAUGAGCUCGGAGCUGGCCAAGGUCAUCAAUGAUGGGCUCUACUACUAUGAGCAGGACCUGUGGACAGAGCAGUUUGAGCCAGAGUACUCUCAGAUCAAGCAAGAGGUGGAGAACUUCAAGAAGGUGAAUAUGAUAAGCAGGGAGCAGUUCGAUACCUUGACCCCAGAGCCCCCUGUGGAUCCCAACCAAGAAGUUCCUCCCGGCCCUCCCAGAUUCCAGCAAGUACCCACAGACGCCUUGGCUAACAAGCUGUUCGGAGUCCCCGAGCCUUCCACAAUUGCCCGCUCUUUGCCUACGACUGUACCAGAAUCACCCAACUAUCGCAACGCCAGGACCCCCCGGACCCCUCGCACACCUCAGCUCAAAGACCCAACACAGACACCCAGAUUUUAUCCAGUGGUGAAAGAAGGCAGGACGAUAGAUGCCAAGGUGAGACCAGGGCUGGGGUGCAGGGGGGAGGUUGGGGUUACCCAGCUGGGGCCCAGAGGGGGAGAGGAUGGAUCCCUGAUGCUUUGUGUCUUGCAGACUCCGCGGAAGAGGAAGACCAGACACAGUUCAAAUCCGCCGAUGGAGUGCCACGUGGGCUGGGUGAUGGAUUCUCGAGAGCACAGGCCUCGUACUGCCUCUAUCAGUUCCAGCCCCUCAGAAGGGACCCCGGCUGUUGGAAGCUAUGGCUGCACCCCGCAGUCCCUGCCCAAAUUYCAGCAUCCUUCCCACGAGCUGCUCAAGGAGAACGGCUUCACGCAACACGUCUACCACAAGUACCGUCGGCGCUGCCUUAAUGAGCGGAAACGACUGGGCAUCGGGCAGUCCCAGGAGAUGAACACGCUCUUCCGGUUCUGGUCCUUCUUCCUCCGAGAUCACUUCAACAAGAAGAUGUACGAGGAGUUCAAGCAACUGGCUGUGGAGGACGGGAAGGAGGGAUACAGGUACGGUCUGGAGUGCCUUUUCAGAUACUACAGCUAUGGGCUGGAGAAGAAGUUCCGGCCAGACAUAUUUAAAGACUUUCAAGAAGAGACCAUCAAGGAUUAUGAAGCUGGACAGCUUUAUGGGCUGGAAAAGUUCUGGGCCUUCUUAAAAUAUUCCAAAGCCAAAAACCUGGACAUCAACAGCAAAUUGCAAGAAUACCUCAGCAAGUUUAAGCGCCUCGAGGACUUCCGAGUGGACCCACCCAUGGGAGAGGAAGGUGGACACAAGAGAUACCCGACGACGUCAGGAGGAGACGGCAGGAAGCGCUACCCGUCGCAGUCUUCCAGCAAAACGGUCAGCCAGUGCCCAGCCAGCCAAGGGCACCCUCUGCCCAGCCAGCCCGCGCACGAGGAUGCCAAACCCCUGAGCCAAGGAGUCCCUGCGCCRGCAGCCGCGGAGUCGCAGACGGUGGGGAAGUAGAGGAGCUGCAGCUCUGCUUCCCGCUGAGAGACGGGGCGGGUGGUGGGAACCGGCUYGGAGAAGGGACGUGUGAGGAGGAAGGACAGGAAGGGAGUUGGAAAAUGGGUGCCUAUGAACAGGCUGCUGGGGAGAAACUACAACGCACAUGAUAUUUUCUUCUUUUCUCUUGUGGCUGGAAAGCAAAGACGAUCUGCAUCUAAAACACCAUUUUGCUAUUACAACCCCGACCAGAGCCAGACCCAUCCCCCCGGACCCAUCUUUUGCUUGUCCUCCCCACUGCUCCCCUUCUGUGCACACAUUCAUGUCGUAGUGUCUCUUUAAAAAAAUGUUCUGGCUGGGUUGGAAAGGGGAGAUUUUUUUAUUAUUAUUAUAUAUAUAUCAAGUUUUAAAUUAUUGCUAGAAGUUUGUCUGGAUUUACCAAAACAAGUCUGCUCUGCGUGGCGCCGAAGCUCCCCUCUGUGUUCACCCUUUGGAUCGCUGGGCAGCCCGAUCAGGAAGCUCGGAGGAGCGAGGUUCCCCGACGGGGGAUCGAAGCCGCAGCGUCUGCUGACCCUGUGGAGCCUCCGACCUCCAUGGCCUGGCCGGUUUCUCCCAUUCCACGUAUGAUGACGCGUCCUCGUCACUGACUGCUGCAAAAGGAACAUCGUCCCUGUCCCUCCUCCCCAGCGUCUUCAAGCUUCCCUUGGGUCUGGCUCUCCCUCUGCCCGCCUCUCCCUUCCAUCACGGACAAUUUGGAAGUCAACCAAAGGACCUCUGCCGAGGACAGGCUUGUUGUGCCUCCUUCCUGCGCGUGGGGCUGGGGAGAGGCAGGCGGGCGCCUGGACUUGAGCCCCUGCGGACGGGGUGCCUGUCUCCCCGGAUCACCCCGGGCGUCCAAAGACAGGACUUUGGUGAAGGAGAUUUUUCUCUUCCU